AUCUGCAAUUGUUCAUCAUCAUCAUCACCAUCAACCAUCACCAUUGGUAUUGUUAUUAUUACGUUUCCCGCAUCAUCAUCAUCAUCAUCAUAGGUGUUACCAUUGAGAAACUUCAAUCCGUAAAAAUCUUGUGUUAGAAAAUGAUUCAUUAUUGAAAAAAAUUGGUGAGAAAUAUACGAAUUCACAGUCUUAUGGGAAUACAACCAAUGUCAUAGCCACGUGGAUAUUAUAUGAUCAUAAUAGCAAGCUCCAAAAUUGUCAAGCCAAAGCAAUCUGGACCGUUCAUCAUUACUCAAUCCGACGGUUGGCAUAUAAAACUGGAUUUAUGAGAGCAGAGUUUAAAGUUUAAAGUCUGGACGAACGCCGCGGAGACAGAAAGAGAGAGAGAUGUUCUUCCACAUAGUGUUGGAGCGCAACAUGCAGUUGCAUCCUCGAUUCUUUGGUCGGAACCUACGAGAAAAUCUCGUCUCCAAGCUCAUGAAGGAUGUCGAAGGCACUUGCAGUGGCCGCCAUGGAUUUGUAGUGGCGAUCACUGGAAUAGAAAGCGUUGGAAAGGGUCUGAUUAGGGAUGGGACAGGGUCUGUCACGUUUCCGGUGAAGUACCAAUGCGUUGUGUUCAGGCCUUUUAAAGGCGAGAUCUUGGAAGCUGUUGUUACUUUGGUGAAUAAGAUGGGAUUCUUCGCAGAAGCUGGUCCCGUUCAAAUUUUUGUUUCCAAGCAUCUGAUUCCGGACGAUAUGGAGUUUCAGCCCGGGGACAUGCCAAAUUAUACGACAUCAGAUGGAUCGGUGAAGAUUCAAAAGGAGUGUGAAGUUAGGUUGAAGAUCAUUGGAACCCGAGUAGAUGCUACUGAAAUCUUUUGCGUCGGAACCAUAAAGGACGAUUUCCUGGGAGUCAUAAACGAUCCGGCAGCCGCAUAAGGAGAAGCUAGGAGAGAACACACUGACAGUUUGGUCCUUUUGGGAACUUCUGUUGUAUAGUUAGUAGUUCCCCUGAUUGAUGUUUUGUUCUUCUUGAAUGUGAAGCUUCCUCCAUGGAACCGUCCAAACUGAAUCAGCCAUAUCCUUGUAAGGUUCCUGAGUUUUGUACCACGGGACGGAACCGUCCAAACUGAAUGUCACUGUGUCAAUUGGAUCGAUCCGAUUCUGCAUUCAAUUCGA